AUGGGAAAAAAUAAAAGUUCGGUUAAAAAAGUAGGAAUUGUUGCUGAAAAAAUUUCUACUGCAACAGGAGGAAUUGGAGAAAUUGUUAAAAAUAAAGAUAAUAUUUCAAAUCUCACGAAUGAUCAUUUCAAAUUAGUUAUUGGAACUGUUGGUGCUAUCGGCGAAGCCGCCAUGCCAUAUUUGCCAUUGAUUUCAUCAGUAUUAACCUUGACAGCAAAAAUUGUCAAGGCUUAUGAUAAUGCUCAAUAUAAUAAAAAAAGUUGUGCAGCAUUGAUUCAACGAGUGCAAUCAGCCGAAGUUGCAGUUAAAGUAUUGGAUAGACGCAAACAAGAAAAUCAGGAAAAUUUUCAUCAACAAACUUAUUAUAUAAACUUUGAAAGAUUUAUCACUAUUUUAGGAGACAUUGAAGCUUUUAUGACAGAUUUCACACGUUUAUCACAAUACAAAAAAUUUAUUUCUAAUAAUGUUAUUAAAGAAAGAUUUAUUGGAUUGAUUAAUGAUUUUGAUAGAGUAGUUCAUGAUUUAGGAUUUACAAUGAUCAUUGCAAGUGAUGAAGAUAGGAAAAAAGAGAUUGAAGUUUUAAAUAAUGAUAUUGCUGAAAUGUCAAAGUUCUUGCAAACAAUUGAAGCUGGUGUUACAACAAUCGAUAAAAAAAUCAGUCACGUGUUAGAACAUGUAUUAAUAUUACAAGAUAAAAAAAAAGAUAAAGAUUUUUCACCUCCAAUUAAAAAAAUACCACCCAAUGAAAUAAAAAUCGAAAAUUUUACACUUGAUUUGCCAGAAAAAGAAUUUGGAAAAAUUGUUAAUUCUGCUUGGCAGCAUGAUCCAACUUUGAGGCCAGAAUUAAAUUAUUUAUUUAAUGAUUUAGAAAAAAUUUGUACAAAAUUUGCUAAUGUUUCAGGAAUAUCAUCAUCUAUGUUAUUGGAAAAAUUAAAUAUCAGCAAUAUUUAUCAAUUAGAAGAUUAA